UAACGCGCUGUAGUGAGGAUGGCCCGUACCAAGCAGACGGCUCGUAAGUCUACUGGCGGCAAAGCGCCCCGCAAGCAGCUCGCUACUAAGGCAGCUCGGAAAAGCGCCCCCGCCACGGGCGGGGUGAAGAAGCCCCAUCGCUACCGCCCAGGCACCGUGGCCCUGCGGGAAAUCCGCCGCUACCAGAAAUCCACCGAGCUGCUGAUCCGCAAGUUGCCCUUCCAGCGCCUGGUGCGGGAGAUCGCCCAGGACUUCAAGACGGAUCUGCGCUUCCAGAGCUCGGCCGUCAUGGCCCUGCAGGAGGCGAGCGAGGCCUAUCUGGUGGGGCUCUUCGAGGACACCAACCUGUGCGCCUCUAUUAAAAUGUCUGGUCGCGGCAAGGGCGGAAAGGGGCUGGGGAAAGGAGGCGCUAAACGGCACCGCAAGGUUUUAAGAGACAACAUCCAGGGCAUUACGAAGCCUGCGAUCCGUCGUCUGGCUCGCCGCGGCGGGGUGAAGCGGAUUUCGGGGCUGAUCUAUGAAGAGACCCGCGGGGUGCUGAAGGUUUUCCUGGAGAACGUGAUCCGUGAUGCGGUGACCUACACCGAGCACGCCAAGCGCAAGACGGUGACCGCCAUGGAUGUGGUGUACGCCCUGAAACGCCAGGGGCGCACCCUGUACGGCUUCGGGGGUUAAAUCUCUAGCCCAGGAAACGGCACA